UACCUUUUAGGUUGUCCAAUUGGAUCGACUCGCUUCCAGUCCAGACUCGGUAGCGAUCAGGUACUUCUUCGCCUGAGAGAAGAGUUCAAAGAUGCAGGCCAUACGAGCUGCAACUCGAUCUCUUAGAUCUUCUUCUUCUUCUUCUGGCUUUGCUUCUCCUUCUAUUUUAUCACAUUACAUCAAUGGCGUUUCGCCCGCAACAUUCGUGAUCCCAAAAAGUGGAGGUUUCGAUGCAGAGGGAGGGUCCAUCCUAGGGUUUAUUUCAGGAGCUAGAGUCUUCUCUCAAUCGGCUGUUUGUUCUUCUGCUUCAUUCUUGGGCAAGCAGGAGGUCACCACUCGAGUCGUGGAUCUUCUCAAAUCAAUUCCUUUCAUUGAUCCUGCCAUGGUGAGCCCAACGGCAAAUUUCAGGGACGACAUGCAAUUGGAUAUGCUAGAUAACGUGGAAGUAAUUAUUGCAGUGGAAGAAGAAUUUGCUAUAGAUAUCCCAGACAGUGAAGCGAACAAAUUCUCAACGACAGCUCAUCUCAUUGACUACAUUGCAACCCAUCCACAAGCCAAAUGAGAGCCCUGAUCUUUUGAUUCUGAAGUGGUGGCAACGUUGUUGUUUUCUUUCCUCCAUGAAAUUCAGGCUCCUCCAACUGUUUGUAAUAAAUGAAUUGGUUCAAUGAAAACCUUAGCUUCAAAACAUCUUCCUUUGAAGCUCAUAGCUUCAAUUUUCAGAAAGUUGAGAAAUGUUUAUCUAUUUUUUUACAAAUGUUAUUUUGCAAGAAAAUAACGUGUAUUACCAUUGGAAGAAUUUUAGUAACUUAUUCGGGUUUGAAAGUUGAAACA